AGAAGAAGAAAAAGAAGAAAAAGAAAAAACAAGCCCGGUCAACAUCUCCAUCCUCAUGUGAGUCUGAAUCAAGUCACAGGAGAAGGAAAAAGAAAAAGAAAGCCAGAAGUGAGUCCAGCUCUGAUCAAGAUCGUGACACCAAGACGCAGAAAUUCCAGGUCUCGUUCUUGUGGGAAAGUGUCUGAAGGUAGAUAUAGAUCACAGUCAAGAUACAGUUCUGAAUCAAGAUCAAGGUCUCGUUCUAGAUCCAGAAGUAGCAGGUCUAAAUCAAGUCCUCAAGAAAGAAGGAAGAGGAGAUCUAAAUCAAGGUCAAGGGAUUGGUUAUCGAGAAAGAGAAAAGUCAGAUCAAGAUCAAGAUCAAGAUCACGAAGCUGGGAGGCUAGUUCAAGAUCAAAGGAUAAAAGGAGUUACAGAUCUAGAUCCAGAAACAGGAAAAGAUCAAGGUUAAGAUCAAGAUCUAGAAAUAGAAAGUCAAGUAGGAGAAAUCGGUCUCAAUCAAGGGAUAGGAGGAGGUCAAGAGGCAGACGAAGCAGAACAAGAUCAGUUUCUAGAGAGAAGAUAAACAAGAAAGAGGAACAGACUUCUAAAGGAGGAGGCACUGUAUUACGUGAGAAAUUGUUAUCUGGGAAUAAGAGUGUAUUCUUAGAUGACUUAAAAGGCUUAGUCAGAUCUGAAGAGGCAUUCUACAUCAACGUACAAGGAGAAACUGCCAAUAAGACCUUUACCUCAACACAUUUUUCGCAGCUGGCCAGUUAUAAGAUGAAAAUAAGAGGCGUACUUGGAGAUUUAGAGCAAAAUAUAGGGAGGCCAAAUAAGAAAGCUCUCAGAUACUUCAAGAAAAGUGCACAACCAUCAUUAUAUGCAGAUAGUACAUUUACCAAAAGGAUACCAACAAGCAGCAAAGAUGAGGAAGACAAGGAUGCUAGUUAUAUACCAGUUCAACUUACCUAUGUAGAAGAAAAACUCAUAAAGAAAGAAACCCAGCCAUCAUAUGUGGAUCCUUUAGGGAUAUAUGACAGUAAAACACAAGAGUACAUGCUUGGAAUAGGUGGUCCAGAUCAAGAAAAAAAUACAUCAACCCAAAAUGCAGAAUAUGAGUACUGGCAAAGUCAGGCUAAAAUGUUUAAUGAAAGACUGGGCAAAGAACCUACCAAUAUAUCUCUAUGGCUAGAAUUUGUACAUUUCCAGGACAAGGCUCAUGUUCAUCUGUUUCGCAUAGAAGACACAAGUGAAAAAAAUGAGAAGAAGAAGAAAAUGAAUCAGAAAGCAUUAGCUGAGAGGAAAAUUUCAAUUUUGGACACUGCCAUAAAAAAGAAUAUUAAAUCCAACGAGUUGCAGUUUGAACGUCUUGAUAUUGGACAGCAUAUCUGGGAUGAUAAAAAAUUAAAGAAUGAAUGGGGUACUUUCUUGUUUAAUUUCCCAAACAAGAUUAAAGUUUGGCAUCAGUACUUAUCAUUCUCACAAACCCAUUUUACAACAUUUAAUUUAUCAUCAGUUGUCAAAACAUUUGCAAAGUGUACAGAAAGAUUACAGCAAAUACAAAAUGGAACAUUUUUAACACACGCAGCACCACCUAAUAUAGGAAAGUGCAUGGUAGAUGUGGCUGUGCAAUUGGCAACUGUUUGGCGGCAAGCUGGGUUUAUGGAAAGAUCGAUUGCUCUGUUCCAGGCACUUAUAGAGUUUAAUUUAUUUGCCCCUGUUCAUGCAAGAGAUAAAAAAAUGACAUUAGAGGCAAGACUGGCCUUUUUUGAGCCAUUUUGGGAUUCAAGAGCUCCAAGAUUUGGGGAAGAAAGAUCUUCUGGAUGGGCACAAGUUGUGGAACAAAAGCAGCAAGUAGAAUUUCCAGAAGUUAUUCUAGGAGGAACACAAGAUGAAGAGGAUGAAUUAUUGGCAGCAGGUGGCAGCACCUCAAGACUCUGGUUAAUGUUAGAAACCUCAAGGGAGCGACGACAUUGGUUGCCAUGGGAAGAUGACCCAGAAGAGUGUGAAGACCCAGAGAGAAUGGUUUCGUUUGAAGAUUUGGAACCUCAUAUUUUUUGCUUAGAAGACCCAAGAGAUCAUUUUUAUAUGAUACUGCAGUUUUUCAAAUUUAUUGGAGUACCAAAUAUAAGCCAGUUUGUGUCAUCAACUCAGGAGAGAGCCAUGGCAAAAAAUCAAAAUCAAAAUAGAGAGGUCAAUGAUAUAUUUCAGCCACUUACUCUUGAAAGUCUACUUGAUAUCCAUUUGUUUGGCACUUGUUUACAGUUUGAAAAGAAUGUAAAAGUUGGUGAAUUUUUAAAUUUCUCUGCCAUUGGACCAUCAUUAGGGACGAUGCUAUGCCAAGAUUACUAUAGAUUUGUUUGUCAAGCUGUAUUACAAGCAUCUAAUUUGUUUCCAGAACCACAGAGAACCAAUUUGAUACUUUUAUAUAUAAGAAUACUUGGGCUUCGCUAUUCAGCUUUGAGGAGGAAUAUUAAGGAGAAAGAAAAGCUCAGGCAGUUUGGAAAAGAUAUAAAGAAGCAAGUGAAAAAGCUUGUGAAAUCAGAAGAGUUUAGAUCUUCUCUUGUGAUAUAUGAGGAAUAUGCCAAACUAGAAGAAAUUAUGGAGCACUUUGAUGAUGCAGAAAAUGUAUAUGUUAUUGCACUUACAGCUGGAACAGCCACAGUAGGAAAUGGUGUCUCAGCUCCAGGUGGAAGCAUCUUAAAGGCAAAAAGAAAGCUCUUUGAGAUACAAGAAUCACACACUAACACUUCAUUUGAGACAUGCAAAACAAGCAAGGAAAGUGACACAGAAAGGCUACUUGCAAGUAAAGUUAUUUUCUUUCUCAGUGUGAUACAGUUGCUAACUGUUGGAUUCAAACCUGCCUGCUUAAUAUUUGAAACAAUUAUUGAUAAAAUUAAUGGCAUCUUCAAGGAACCUGUGGAAGUGAAACUAGAAGAAAUUACUCUACCCGGUGAACGAAAAUCCAUAAAAAUGGCCAGCUCUAAUCAAACUUCAAUUCAAGAAAAAAAUAGAAAAAAGAUGCUUGAAACUCUCUAUGAAGAUUAUCUUUGGUUGAUAGACGUUUCUUCGAAGCUGGAUAACCUCAUCAGAGAUGGAAAGAUGUCACCUGCUGUCUUAAGACCACUCCUUGCUGAUGCUGUAAAAAGUGCCCCAGAAAACCCAAACUUCCUUGUACUACUAGCUCAGAACCAGAACUGGCGAGACCUGCUGUGUGGAAUAGACACUCAUCCAAGGAAAAUCCCUUCCAUUUUGACUUUGGUCUCAAAGCUUCUCCCACAUCUUCAUAAAACACUUGCCCAUAUUGCCAAUACAGAGGAAGGCUCCUUGAGUUGUGGUUAUCGUUUGGAAAAUGUUUUGGAAACUGCAGUCAGUCGACCACCAGGUAGAAACUGCCCUCUCCUGUGGCGGCUGUAUCUCGCACUGGUUGCUAAUACACAACCCAAAAAGCUAAAGUCAUUGAUCUACGCAGCAAUAUUUCACUGCCCAGGAGUUAAG